UUUGUCUUGGAGAGGUGUGUCAGUGAGAUUUGUCCAAAAGAAAGAAAGAAAAAGACAGAACGAAAGUGACUUCAGAGGAAAUUUGUAAAGAAAAAGAGCUUCAAAUCAGUCGGGGAUUUUUCUCCCAACAUUUAUGAGGAGGAACUGUCAUGAUUUAACAUUGCUUAAGAAGAUUUUGGACAUGGAAACAACUGGCAGAUAUCUCGACUUCUGAUGCUCAAUUUUAAGGAACGUAAAAGGAUUGAGAUGAGAAUGAGUCAACAGUCUUGAAGAUAUUUUCAGAGAGAAAAAGUCUGUGAUUUACUUCCGACUGUUUCGUGGGACUUCAAAAGCUGGAGCAGCUUGAAGGUUUUUCUAGUUGACUUUGGGAACAUAUUGCAAUUGUGGUUAUUUUAUGGACUUUUUUUUACCAAUUUAUCUUAGAUUUACACUACUUGUAGUUAUUUAUUUGAAUGAAUAGUGACAUAGCGAAUGUGAUAUAGCUGGUGAAUUGUUAACCAACUGUUGAGAUGCACUGCUGAAUAUUUGAUCUAAUUCUUAAAGGAUACAGUUAAUCAACAUUGAUUAUCUUCGGCUUCUACUUCUUCCAGAGGGAGAGUGACUGAGAGGAAAAAUCAUUCAAACCUACAAAAUAUCCUCAACUAGCUUUCCUGCUCAUCACCAGCUAUUUCAGUCUCCAGACACAAACCAGAAAUAGGAGAAAAUAAGACAGAAAGAUGGCACAGAAAGAAGGCGGAAAAGAGCAGGGGCGUUUUAAAACCGGGGACCAUCUAGGGGCCAAAGCCAUAGCUGGGGCCCCUGUAGCAGGUGGAGGAGUGGUGGUGGAGGUCAGGGAGAAGAAGGGAUCCCUGCGGGCUGCAAUACCCACAAUGCCUUUCCCUUUGGCGGUCAUCUGUCUGUUCCUUAACACCUUCAUACCUGGACUCGGUACCUUCAUCUCGGCGUUCGCGGUGCUGUGUGGAGCUCGAAACGAGCUGAUCUCGGAGCGAGGUGUUUGUUGUGUGUUCUGGCUCAACAUGGCGGCAGCCCUCAUCCAGAUACUGACAGCUGUUGUCAUGGUUGGAUGGAUCAUGAGCAUCUUCUGGGGAAUGGACAUGGUCAUCCUGGCAAGUCAGUGCCCAUCUAGUUGUGUUUAUCUUUCUGUCGGACCUUCUUCUCUUCAUCUCUCUUUGUUUUUAUUUUAGUCUUGUCUCCUUUGCUUUUGUUUGUUUGUCGCAUGACGUGCAGAAGGGGGAAUUCAAACAACUAUAAAAAUGUAACAACAUGAAAAUCAUAUCACAAUACUUGUGUACAAACUCAGUCUACAGUCUUCCAGUGUCAGGGUUAAUAUUGGUGUCACACAAAAUGUUAUGGUUACCACAGCCUGUAGAGUGGUGGGAAAUUGGCCACCACUUAAAGUUUUCCAGAAGUUUUCUUUCCAAGUUGUUUGUCGUAAAAUAUUUGAAAGACAAGUCUAGCGGUAUUCUAUACUUUUCCAGUUUUCAACAAACUGAUUAGCAAUGAACUGAUCCUUCUAAAGCUUAGUUUGUACUCGCUGUAGUGAUGCCAGCACGAGGCGUGCACGCCAGAAAAUGACGUAAUCACGGUGUGAGCAAAGGGUCCGCAAGUGGUCGCAGCGUUUGGGCGUGCACCUCUGAAUUAUUGGCCGAUUUGUUUUUAGAUGCUUAAGAAAUGCUUAAAAGUCUUUAUUUUAGUAUAUAUUUUUGCCAGCAAAAUCAUUCAACCUUCGUCUCUUUAUAAUGCAUGUAAUACGACGUGUUUCUUUACAGCGCCUGUGCAACACUAAUGUGGAGGUUGCUUUAUGGCUUUUUGCUGGUUAGGCUACACUCGUCUUUUUCUUUCUUCUUCUCUUUUUGAUUCUUCACAGUUCAUUUUGUUUGUAUGCCCACUAAUGCAACAAAGAGCGCACUGUGCAUGUUCGGAGCUUGCGCGACAUCUGCGGAGGCUCGCGCAAGCAUAGACAGAGCAUAACAAGUUUUGUCUGUGAGGUUAAAGUCUGAUAUAACGUAUUCAUUGGUGUCAUAGAGCUCUAGUUAUGUACAAAAACUAUUACAAGACACCAAUGAUGCUCCGGUUACAUUUUGACGCACACAAAAUUCGUGCCAUGCCACCGUAAAUACUCACUGUACACAAAAUGUUUAUUAAUCCACGCCUGAAAAUUGUCCCAAAUAAAUGCAUAAAUGUUUACUGCUGUGAGUAACAUUGGCUGGAAAUGACAUGGCCCAGCAGUUUAAGGGAACUAUUAGCCUUUAAAAAAAAUGAAACAAAGUAUUUGUGAGCCCCAUUUAAAGCCUCUUCAGUAGGAACCAACGGGCUGGGACAGGUUGGGGAAGUCGGAAAGCACUGAGAGGCGUCGGGUCGGGUUUUGCUCAAUCUGAGCUAAUAAGACGUCAACAUAGUGUUGCACCCGGAUGUUGCCACAAAAUUAGAAAAAUAUGUUGAAUAAUGCCAGCAAAUCGUAGCAGCUCUGUGCAAUGCUACUAAUAUAUUUUUCUUUCAGAACCAUCAGAUAUAAGAAAGAUAGAAAGAAAGAAAGUGGUUGAUGCAGAGAACACAGAUGGGAGGUUGGGUUAUUUUAACUGCCUUCUCUGUCAGAAAGUAGUGUGUUCUCCUCAGGCAUGGAUGCAUGAACAAGUGCCUGUGCACACACACACACACACGCAAAAAGUCACAAUUCUCUCUCUGCACCAAGGCAGCCUUUGAAUUACCACAGCGCUCUCUCCUUUGUGUGUACGAGUGUGCAUUUGUGAGGUAAUUGCUGCCGGCGUGUGCAACCCAAUGACUGUUGGUAUUUACAUGCCUGCAAGAAUCUGUGUGAUUGUGUGUGUGAGGUACAGUAAUUGUGUCUGUGUGUGUGUAUGUGUGUGUGUGUGUGUGUGUCGGAGUGAGCGGCCCCCCUGGUGAGUUUUUGUUCACUGCUCCCCACUGUUUUCCAGGCCUCUGGGCACACGUCUUAUUCAAUUGCUGCUGCUUGAAAUUAAAACUCCUGUUUUGACGGCGUAGUGAAUAUUUAUAUUGAAUUAAAAAACAUCUUCACGUGAGCACUAAAGGCCAAGGUGAAAUCGUGCAUGCUUUUUGCUUCAAUAAGAUCAAUUAUUGUUCAACUAUUCAUCACCACAAUACACUCUUUGUAGCUAUUCCCUCCUUCUUCCUCCAUGAAUUACUGAUAAUGUGGCAUAUCUAUUUCUCCUUCUGUCUUCAAUGAGAUGACAUUGCAUAUGAUCAAUGGACUUUUUCUUUCCAAACAUCCCCUCUUCUCUACUGUUUUCGACCUCACUCCGUCUCUCCUCUUCCUCCUAUCUGUCUAAUGAUCAUGGUAUUAUCAUCCUCCCACUGAUCGCCCUUCCUUCAGGCGAUCAGUGGGAGGAAGAUCUGCCUCUUUCCCUAUCUAGUGAUUGUUCCUAUUUGAACUUGCUCCCUCUCUUUCACAUUAUUCCUCCCACUCUCUGCCCCCCUUACCCAGUCUCCCUCUCCGUCCUUGUCUCCAUGUUUCUGCUCAUCGAUCCAACAAACCAGGGUUAUGUUACUGUAUGUGUAUUCAUUUGAUCAUGUAAUGUAUCUGACUCAAAGGUCAGAUCAUGUUGAAAGAUGUUUUUUUUCUUUCCUUUCCCUUGAAAGUUACCGGAAUGCUCUGUGGGAAUUUCUCUUUUUGUGAAAAAAAGCCGGUUUUGUCUCGUCGAUCUCUGUAUGAUAAUAUUUCAAAAGUAACUGUCUCUCUUUCUCUCCUCCGCUUCAUCAACUCAAGUCUCUGAUGGUAGGUGUUUCUCUUUUUUCCCCCUCACUAACAGUCCCACAGAGAGUUGAUGACAUUGUGGAGUCAUGUGUAGAAACACGUAAAAGAUAUAAUGAAUAGUCAGCUGUUGCUAAAUUUAACAUUGAUUCUGAAUAAGCCAAAACAAAUAACCACAUUUCCCAGACUUAGAAAAACAUAUAAAAAAACUCAUUAACUCAAGCAUUCCUUCAUGACCUUUGAAAAUAAAGUAUAAGAAAUAAAGUCAAUCAAUCCAAACUCAAGGUCCCCUUACAAGCAUUAGAGCUUCUAUCAAUCACAGUCUUGAUCAGCAGUGAUGAUCUGAUGAGGAAGUCCAUGUAAGGGUCUCAGUUGUCCUGGAAAGCUCCAGGACAACUGAGCAGCUUCCAUCCACUAAUAAAGGUGCGUGCAUGGCUUCAAAGCAGAGGUGUAAAGAGUACUGUACUGCUACUUUAAAGACUUUCUCUUCAAGUAAAAGUAAAAGUAGUAAAGUACAAAUGUACUAAAGUAAAAGAGGGGGUUUGUCCAAACCAACAGAGGAGAUCUGCUGUCUGUGCAUACAACAGAUUAUCGAUUAAAUAAUAAAUAUACAGCUGCCUCCCUCAGUGCAGCCCCACACGAAUUAACCAGAGAGAGACAAAACUCAGACAAUAAAUAAAAUGAGCUAUGGACUCCACGGUCCCUGAAACAGUAGAAGAAAACAUCCACAAGGUGGACAUGUUUAAACAAAAGAAACUCCACAGAGGCGGCAGCCACAAACACAUACAAACAAAUGUUAGUUCCUUAAACAGUUUUAAAUUAUUGGUAUGAUAAGUGAAUGGAUGUAUUGUUCUGCCCAAUCCACAGCAAACAAUAAAUAAAUAAAUAAAAAUAGCCUACAAAUGAUCGCAGGAAAAUAAUAAGCUCUGCAUUGAAAAUGUGCUGUGUGAAGCUGUUACACUUCUGUUUUUAGAAACGUUGGCUCAUUGAUAAGAGAAGCUUCCUAUUCCACACUGGUGGAAUUGAAAGUUUCAAAUCCAUUUAAAACCAUAAUACCAGACAGACUGGUAUUGUUUCCCACUUUGGGGAAGCUGGGGAUAAUGGCUUGCCAGCCAAUGGGCUACUUGAUAAAGCAUUGCCGCCUAAUGCUCCAGCCGAGCUCCUUUUCGGUUGUUGCUUUCAUUUCUCUCAAUUAAAAGAAAUGGAGAAAAGCAAUUAUGGUCAAAAGUUCAAAAUAAAUUCUUCGAAAUUACAUGCAGCACUUUGAAACCCUCUUAACUGGGGCUAUAAAAGCCAGAAUAUAGAUUUUACAAUCAUUUCUACAAGCAUUCAAAAGUCUUUCUCUCUCCUUUCUUCCUCAGGCUACAGAGACCAGAGUCUUCCUCAGGAUGUCUGAGAAAGGUCGCUCUGGUGUUUGCUGAUGGAUCACAUGGACAGUUUGACCUCUUUAACCUCCCUGAUGCCGGAUGGCAAUACCUUUAUCUUUGUGAUGACCAGUAUGCUGGACUACAGAGAGGAGCAGAGACAUUCAAAAUAAAUUAGCCACAUGGGGAAAGAAAGAAGGAAAGAAUCCGCUGACUGCUUCUGAUUGGUUCAGACCAUAUUUACAUUUAAUUUAAAAGGAACAGGACGAGGAAAAAGGGGACUGAAAGCUGUACAGUCACGAGAAAAACAAUGUGUUUGUAUUUUGUUGAGUAAUUAUAAGUGAUUUUGAUAUUUUUUUAUUUGAUCUAUUUGAUAAAAACUAUAAAUCUGUAAAAGACAAACAAACGUUUAGACUGGACUACAUGUUUCUUACAUGACAAGAAAAAAAGAAGGAAGGACUGUGUGAGAAAAUAAAUAUAUUGAUUUGCAUUUUGAUAGAACGUUAAUUGGCUCAUAUCGAUCAUAACAAUAUAACGGUAUUUACAGAACCAGCAUAACCAGAGUUCCCAUUGCCCCUAAAUCCACUGUGCUGAAAGCUGUUUAUUUUGCUGGCCUUUUCAUUGUGAUAUUGACGCCAAUAUCUCUCUGAAAACGUACAGUAUAAAACACGUUCCAUCUUCUCCAUCUUCAGUGUUACUGCUUACAGCCAGUACAAAAACAUGGCGACUGGCCACUAAAUCUGACAAUCACUGAGCACUGAGUCAACUAUUCUUCAAGAACGGGGAGCAAACAUGUCUUCCACUGGAGCAUGAGAUCAAACUAUGAAUGGCUCAGAAAGGCAGUAUUCAGCAUAGUGAGUUUGAAUGAUAACAUGAUCAUAAUGGGGGGAAUAAUUUGUCAUCAAUCGGUCAGCCUGUAGUUAUUUUGUAGCUACAAUAUUUCCCUUUUAAGGCACUGUUUUACAGUGAUAGCAAACACAUCUUUAACACGCUGUGUCUCACUGCUGGUCACAAGAUGCGUGUCAUCCUAAAAUUACAGGGCUGUGCGAAAAAAUGAUUCACGCCUCCUGGCAAUUAUUGGAUUGGAAUUUUCAAACCUCUUCAAUGUGUAAAUCAGUGUCAGAGGGAUAUUACACGCUAUUAGAACAUGGUAUCUAAUUAGCAAUGUGCCACUCUGUGCACAUGUUGGAAAACAGACAUUAUGUUUUGCCCCAACCAUCCAGGCCAUUUAGAAAGCUUUAAACAGUGAACUAAAACUGUGAAACGCCUCAAAAAGUCAGGUUGUUGCAUGUUCGGUUGUCAGAAUCGUUACAUCAAAAGCGGACUCAUGUUCAACAGAAUUUCGUCAGGAUCACAACCGUUUCAGCAGGUGUUUCAGCUUAACGAGUGACCGUGUUAACUGGUGACUCUUAGCGGAAUGCCUCCAUGUUUGCUCAUUCCAUGAAUGGUUGGCGUAGAUUAUAGAAACAGAUGAGUUAGUGUUUGGAAUUGAUUUUACGAGGAUGCCGACAUAUUUUGUUUUCAACAGCCGUCGUCACCAGUUAACAAGAAACACUGGCAGUGUCUAUGGCCGCAAGCUAUUAAACGUGUUGACUACCAACGGACUGAUAAAAAGAUCUUUCGUGUUUUUAGUGCCCAUUUUAAAACUCACUCAGCUCCAACCUCUGAGAGUCUGUCAUGGUAUUUGACGUUCUGUACUUGGCCACAGAUAAUGUAGAUGGAAGAAUGUAACUAGUGACUUGUGUGCUCGUAAUUUCUCGCUGGUGUAACGUAAAUACUGGGACACUUGCUAAUGUAUUCUACCUGCUCACUAACUUUAAAAUCGUUAAGGGUCCAUAAGGAUCAUGAAUCCAUAUGUUGAAAAUUCACAUAAAGAGAUUUGAUUAAUUAUAAAACCAGGAAAAAUAGGUUGUUCAAUCACUAUUCUGUGUGUAAAUGAUGUAUAUAUUAAUUGUAUUAUUAUAAUUAUAUUAAUGUGUGGGUGUCUGUGUGUGUGAGUGAUAGUGUGCUAUAUUGGAAAUGGAGAUUGGAGAAUAAAUGGUAUGGCCUCAGUUUAACCAUGUAGGAAGGUGCGUAGGUCACAUAAGUAAAGAUGGACAAUUCCUUCAUGUAUGAGACUCAAUCAAAAAGUUGUAAUAUUUAACAAAACCUGCCUUGGAACUAUUGAUCCAAACAAAGCCUUUCCCAUGAUGCCACAUCGUCUUUCUCAUGCACUGUUUCGCUGGCUCGCUUCCCUGAAAGCUUAUCCAAGAGUUUCAAAAGUCAAAGAGCCUCAAACAAAAAUAAUUAAACCAGCUUAGCCUCAGCCGCAACAAUAAUGGAAAAUGGAUCGAAAUCACUGCGAGUGUGUUUACAGGAAGCUCAGUUACUGCUGAAUAAACUGAAUGGACUCCAAUUGGAUGAACUGACAAAAAUACUAACAGUCCACCUUAAAAAAAACAGAAAUGCAGAUUAUUACGUCUCUUGUAAUAUUGGACAGAUUCAGCAAAUGUCAUAAAGCAUUUCUGGGAGAAAGUGGAGAUACAUUUAGUCUAUGAUGACUUCCCAUUUCGGUUGUGCCUCUACAGACACCAAACGUCAUGUGCUUAUUUUUUUUGAUGUUAUUCCUGUUGGUUUUAAUUAUCUUCAUUAUCUUAGCCAAAUGCCUUUUUAAGAGUACUUCUGUAGUUUGGAUGACGACGCCAUUGUUUUUCUGUGUAUAUGUUGUACAGUGUUUGUAUGUGACACAGACGAUGAUAACAAUGUCUGUGAUGGUGAUGAUAGUCUAGGCCUUACACAUGACCAAUGUUUUCCCAGAGGUGUUUCUGCAGCAGUGAUGCUGGAGUUUAUUUGCUUUGUGUGGGUUUGGGUGCAAUUUAAAGAUCUGAAAUAAUUGUUAUUUGGACACUUGAUUAUAACGAUGGUGGUGUUGUGUUAGCUUUUGGAUAGUAGAUGAACAUACUGCCAUGUACAGUUAUCUGCAUGCAUAUCUUUGUUGUCAAGUCUUUGUUGUCAAGUAACACACACACACACACACACACAUACAGUAACUAUUUUAAGAUUGUAGCUUAAUUCUGUGACUUUGCUAAAUUGGCUGACUCAUGAAUAAACAUAUCUUUCUGAA